UUAUCGUCGGAGGUUAUUUCAGAGGAUAAAGACCCAGUCCUCUUGUAACAACAAGGAAAGAACUAGACACUGUCAUUUGUCGUCAACCCCUCGAAUCUCUCUCCCCACAUUAUCAUCAUCAAUAAUCACAAUUUCACAUCUUAAUUGAUAAACAAACCACAAAAAGGCAAUUACAAAUGUCUCGUGCUGCCAACUCAAUCCUCUGCGUGCCAAACUGCACUCAAACACAAACACUCUCUCUCCCUCUUUUUGCGCCUCCCAUUGAAAAUAAAUAAAUUGAACCCACACCCUACUCCCCCCACUAAACACAACAAGUUCUUGCAAUGACAAACCCAAAACCACUCAUAGUCAUAGUUUACAUUCUCUUGUCACUACUAGCAACAACAACAACAACAACGUUGGUGUCGUGUCUGAACCAAGAAGGCUUAUACCUCUACCAGCUGAAACUCUCCUUUGACGACCCAGACUCGAGGCUCUCCUCAUGGAACUCGCGAGACGCCACUCCCUGCAACUGGUUCGGCGUAACCUGCGACGCCGUAUCAAACACCACCGUAACGGAGUUGGACCUCUCCGACACCAACAUCGGAGGCCCAUUCCUCGCCAACAUCCUCUGCCGUCUCCCCAACCUCGUUUCUGUUAAUCUUUUCAACAACUCCAUCAACGAAACCCUACCCCUCGAAAUCUCCCUCUGCAAAAACCUCAUUCACCUCGACCUUUCCCAGAAUCUCCUCACUGGCCCACUCCCCAACACGCUCCCUCAACUUGUUAACCUCAAAUACCUCGACCUCACCGGCAACAACUUCUCCGGCUCCAUCCCUGAUUCCUUCGGAACCUUCCAGAACCUCGAAGUCCUCUCCCUCGUUUCGAAUCUUCUGGAAGGCACAAUCCCAGCCUCCUUGGGUAAUGUGAGUACUUUGAAGAUGCUGAACUUAAGUUACAACCCCUUUUUCCCGGGUCGGAUCCCGCCGGAGAUUGGAAACCUAACCAACCUUGAAGUACUCUGGCUAACGCAAUGCAACCUCGUCGGCGUCAUCCCAGCCUCCCUGGGGAGGUUGGGAAGGCUCCAGGAUCUGGACCUCGCGCUCAACGACCUCUACGGCUCCAUCCCGAGUUCGCUCACUGAGUUAACCAGCUUGAGGCAGAUCGAGCUGUACAACAACUCGCUCUCCGGGGAGCUUCCGAAGGGAAUGGGGAACCUCUCUAACUUGAGGCUCAUCGACGCGUCGAUGAACCACUUGACCGGAAGUAUUCCGGAGGAGCUCUGUUCACUUCCGUUGGAGAGUCUUAACCUUUACGAGAAUCGCUUCGAGGGCGAGUUGCCGGCGAGCAUUGCUAAUUCGCCGAAUUUGUAUGAAUUGAGGCUUUUCGGUAACCGGCUUACCGGAAGGUUACCGGAGAAUCUCGGCAAAAACUCGCCUCUCCGGUGGCUUGAUGUUUCCAGCAACCAGUUCUGGGGGCCCAUUCCGGCGACGCUGUGUGACAAGGUAGUGCUAGAGGAGCUUCUGGUGAUUUACAAUCUUUUCUCCGGGGAGAUUCCGUCGAGCCUCGGCACGUGCCUGAGCCUGACACGUGUGAGGCUCGGCUUCAACCGGCUCUCCGGGGAGGUUCCCGCGGGGAUCUGGGGGCUGCCGCACGUGUAUCUCCUCGAGCUUGUGGAUAACUCGUUUUCCGGUUCCAUUGCGAGGACCAUUGCUGGUGCUGCGAACUUGUCGCUGUUGAUUUUGUCGAAGAACAACUUCACUGGAACGAUUCCCGAUGAGGUUGGGUGGUUGGAGAAUCUUGUUGAGUUUUCAGCUAGUGAUAAUAAAUUCACUGGUUCUCUUCCUGAUAGUAUUGUGAAUCUUGGGCAGCUCGGGAUUCUUGAUUUUCAUAACAAUAAGCUCUCUGGGGAGCUUCCUAAGGGGAUUCGUUCGUGGAAGAAGCUCAACGAUUUGAAUUUGGCGAACAAUGAGAUUGGUGGGAGGAUUCCUGAUGAGAUUGGGGGUUUGUCCGUGCUGAAUUUUCUGGAUCUUUCUAGAAACCGGUUUUCGGGGAAAGUGCCUCAUGGGUUGCAGAAUCUGAAGCUGAAUCAGCUCAAUUUGUCUUAUAAUCGGUUAUCCGGUGAAUUACCUCCUUUGUUGGCUAAGGAUAUGUACAAGUCUAGUUUUCUAGGGAAUCCUGGGUUGUGUGGGGAUUUGAAGGGGUUGUGUGAUGGUAGAAGUGAGGAGAGGAGUGUGGGUUAUGUUUGGCUGCUUCGAACGAUUUUCGUUGUUGCCACUUUGGUUUUCCUUGUUGGUGUGGUUUGGUUUUACUUUAGGUACAAAAGUUUCCAGGAUGCGAAGAGGGCGAUCGAUAAGUCAAAGUGGACAUUGAUGUCGUUUCAUAAGCUGGGUUUUAGUGAAGAUGAGAUUUUGAAUUGUCUUGAUGAGGAUAAUGUGAUUGGAAGUGGAUCGUCUGGGAAGGUCUACAAGGUUGUGCUUAGCAGUGGGGAGUUUGUGGCUGUGAAGAAGAUAUGGGGAGGGGUUAGGAAGGAGGUGGAGAGUGGGGAUGUUGAGAAGGGUGGUAGGGUUCAGGACAAUGCUUUUGAUGCUGAGGUUGAAACUUUGGGUAAAAUCAGGCACAAGAAUAUUGUUAAGCUGUGGUGUUGCUGCACCACUAGGGAUUGCAAGCUCUUGGUUUAUGAAUAUAUGCCUAAUGGAAGUCUUGGUGAUUUGCUUCAUAGCAGUAAGGGAGGGUCGUUGGAUUGGCCAACAAGGUACAAGAUAGCUGUGGAUGCUGCAGAAGGCCUCUCUUAUCUGCAUCAUGACUGUGUUCCCGCAAUUGUUCAUAGAGAUGUGAAAUCUAACAAUAUUUUGUUGGAUGGGGACUUCGGUGCGAGGGUGGCUGAUUUUGGAGUAGCUAAGGCGGUUGAAACCACACCGAUAGGAACUAAAUCCAUGUCCGUCAUAGCUGGCUCUUGUGGCUAUAUUGCACCAGAAUAUGCAUACACUCUUAGAGUGAAUGAGAAGAGCGACAUAUACAGUUUUGGGGUUGUCAUACUCGAGUUGGUCACCGGAAAACACCCAGUGGACCCUGAAUUUGGGGAGAAAGACUUGGUUAAGUGGGUGUGCACAACCUGGGACCAGAAAGGUGUGGACCAUUUAAUUGACUCAAGGCUUGAUACUUGUUUCAAAGAAGAGAUUUGCAAGGUCUUCAACAUUGGACUCAUGUGUACUAGUCCUCUUCCCAUCAACCGGCCUUCAAUGAGAAGAGUGGUGAAGAUGUUGCAAGAGGUUAGCACAGAGGACCAAACCAAGCCUGCCAAGAAAGAUAGCAAGUUAUCCCCUUAUUACUAUGACGAUGCCUCGGAUCAUGGAAGUGUUGUUUAAUGAAGACUUGCAAGGGUUGGACUAUUUGAUGAUCCUGAAAGGGGGAGUUCGAAGCUUUUCUUUUACUAUAAGAGCCAUCUUCCCUCCAUGUUUUCCGCGCAUGCUUUGCUUUACAAAGUUGACUAAAGAAAAGAGAAUUAGAGUAUAGGAUUUUUUUCAGGGUGGAAAAUAGAGGCUUGAGGAGUUGAUGUUUUACCCUAUAAAGUAUGUCAAUAUCAAGAAGCUUCCCUACCAAAGUUAAAUUGGUGUUCGCAUUACAAACUUAUAUUCAGAAAUCAAAAAAAUGAUUGUGGUUAUUUCCAUCGUUAAAAA